ACUUCCUGGGGUAGUCUAAUGUCGGUGUUUUUCACACUGUUUGUUGCUGAAAAAUCUUAUGCUCCGUUGUUGACGGGUCCUAUUGCUGAUUCCAUGAAUAGAAAUAACUGCUUUAAAUUUUAAUAUCGUUCAAAUAAUUCUAAGUGCACUAAAUUAAACAGAGUAGGUAGCUGGUCGGUUACCAAGACGGAGCUGUCUAGAUGUUGAGCUGGGUCAGGUGUUAAUACAAAAGGAUUUUGAAGCCAUAAGGUGCCGGAAUGAGCUUUUUCAGUUUUGGUCAAAGUGCUGAAAUCGACAUAGUUUUGAAUGACGGUGAAACAAGGAAAAAGGUGGAACAUAAGACAGAAGAUGGGAAAAAGGAAAAAUAUUUUCUGUUCUACGACGGCGAGACGGUUUCAGGAAAAGUCAACAUAACCCUUAAGAACCCGGGAAAAAGACUCGAACAUCAAGGAAUCAAGAUAGAAUUCAUAGGACAGAUUGAGCUGUAUUAUGACAGAGGGAACCAUCAUGAAUUUGUGUCUUUGGUAAAGGACCUGGCUCGGCCUGGUGAAAUGACCCAGUCUCAGACUUUUGACUUUGAGUUCACACAUGUGGAGAAACCAUAUGAAUCGUACACCGGCCAGAACGUCAAACUCCGCUACUUUUUGCGAGCGACCGUCAGCAGAAGGCUAAAUGACAUCAGCAAAGAGAUGGACAUUGUAGUGCACACACUCAGCACGUACCCCGAACUGAACUCCUCCAUCAAGAUGGAAGUAGGAAUUGAGGACUGCCUACACAUUGAGUUUGAGUACAACAAGUCCAAGUACCAUUUGAAGGAUGUGAUAGUUGGUAAGAUCUAUUUCCUGUUGGUGCGGAUUAAAAUCAAGCACAUGGAGAUUGACAUCAUUAAGAGAGAGACAACAGGGACUGGACCCAAUGUAUACCAUGAAAACGACACAAUUGCUAAAUACGAAAUCAUGGAUGGUGCACCUGUCCGAGGUGAAUCAAUCCCAAUCCGACUCUUCUUGGCUGGCUAUGAGAUGACGCCUACCAUGAGAGAUAUCAAUAAGAAGUUUUCAGUUCGCUAUUACCUCAAUCUUGUUCUCAUUGAUGAAGAGGAGAGACGCUACUUCAAACAACAGGAGAUCACGUUAUGGAGGAAGGGCGACGUCGUGAGGAAGAGCAUGUCUCACCAGGCUGCCAUCGCUUCCCUGCGCUUUGAAGGCUCUGCUGGUGCGGAGAAGGCCCUUGCACAGACCAGGGAGGACAGCCACUGAAACCAGCUGUCACUUCAACAUCUGGAAACAUCUGAAAGAGAAAAUCUGUGUUCGUGUGCCUGCGUGCGUCUGUGUGUGACUGUGUGUGUGUCUGUGUGUGUCUGUGUCUGUGCCUGCA